UGCAAGUCAGCAAUAGCAAAAAAGACCCCAAAGUAGCGUGAGCAUAACUAAUAGCAAAAAUCACUGUUUAAAGGAAAACUUAUCCCCACUUCAUUAAUUUCAUCAGUGGAAAAUACCUGAGAUCUAAAUUAUUCCACAUUUAGCGACACUGUUAUUGAAUUAACGUUGCCAUAUUCAGAUGUGAGUCGCCAAUAGCAAAAUAAAAAAAAUUAGCGCCAUGUUGUGGCCAGAGAAGACGCCUGCCCUGCACGGUGCUGCUCGGCUGCUGCUGCUGGUCGCUUAUCUCGCCGGAAGCGCACGGGGGCAGUGCAACGGACGCGCUCUGGUGAUUGGACCUUCGAACUUCACGAGCCACCUCGCCUUCCCUCCUGCGAACUGGGACUCUGCGCUGGCCCGCUGGACGAACCUGCUGCUGUACCCCACCAGCGUGACGUGUCAAUGGGUCAUCAGAGCGCCCCAUCAGCAUGUCAUUCACGCUAAGUUCCUCAAGUUCGACACGGAGCGCAACUACGACUUCGUCCACAUCUACGGGUCAGAAGACGGGAGGUCUCAGGAGCUGCUGGGGGUGUCAGGGGACCUCCCCCGCACCCCCUGGCAGGUGGUGACGCCGGGGCGGGUGAUGACGGUGGUGUUCACGAGUGAUGAACACACAGCAUACCAUGGCUUCCUGCUGGCUCACCACUACGUGCCUGCUGCGUGUGUGCCGCCAGGGGCGCACGUGGUGGAGGAACAGCUCAUCGCGCUGCCGCCCUGGAACUUGCAGGGGAUCCUGCCUGGCCCCCUAACCCCUGAAGAACCCCCUCCCCCUCUCCCAAACAUGGCGGUCACCUCCAUGGGGGCGCUACCCCUGAUGUCCGGAGGAGUUCCCCGAGGCUACUGGAUGGAACUGGCAUCUUACCAGCCCCAGAUGAACUGUACCUGGUACGUCGUGGUACAGCCGAGGUACAUAGUACAGCUGCACGUCGUGGCCUUCAGCACCGACCCCAUGGACCAGCUGACUGUGACACGCUUCGACCAGUCGGGGGCCCAGCGCCUGAUCCAGCACGGGGGCAGCGAGGGGUUCCCGUGGCCCCUCAUCCAGUCGGCGCAUCCCCUCAUGCUGGGGUUCACCUCGCGAGGGGUGGAGGAUGGGUCCAGGGGAGGGGCAGGCUUCCUUAUCAACGUCACUUACGUCAACAGAGCUUGCAACCCAGCCAUCCAGGAGCUGGUUGACCCAGCUGGACUGCUUGGUUACCCAAGCUACAACCUGGUGGAUGGAACAUGGAGAACAGAGGGACAUAUUCCUUAUGGACCUGACCACUGCAGAUGGAGGAUAUAUGCUCCUCAUGGAUAUGUGAUCAACGUUACGGUCUUUGUGCUGGAUACUUACGACUCUGAUGUCCUCAAGGCUGUGGAGUCUGACUGGAGCACGCUGUUCGAGCUCAGUGGAGCACUGGAGACUGGACCGCAAAGUUUCAUUUCAGUGACCGGCGACGUGGAGUUGGAGUUCGCUUCCUCUCACUCCAGCCAGCACACAGGCUUCAUGCUCCAGUAUCAGUGGCUUCUCCAGGACUGCACGCACGAACUCCGUACGCCGCAUGGAGUGAUCCAGUCUCCGUACCUGCCACUGGCGUAUGGAGCGUCGGUACACUGUACCUGGUCUCUGCACCAGCCGUACCAGCAUGCAGUGCACCUGCUCAUACGUCAGUACAGCCUCGACCGCGGUGAUGUACUACAGGUAAUGUCAGCAGGUGAAAUUGUCUACCAACUGUCAGCUGACCAGCGGCCUGUCAGUCGCCUGCUGGAGCUACAGGCGUCGUCUGAAGUGUCAGUCGUCUUCUCGUCUGACGAGACUGACAACGAGGGUGGCUUUGAGCUCCAAUACGUCGUUUUUAGAGAAGGGAGCUGCAAUUUCACCCUGACCCCCUGCGGCUACACUCCUGCUGCUCCAGACACUCCGUGGCUGUUUGAUGCGGCUGGGGGACACAUGAUCAUGACUGAAGGGGAUGAGAAGGGUCCUAUGCUCCCCAGAGGCUACCGAGCCCAACUGCGCUCCCCACCCAUUUCCCCAACACAGGGGCAGCUUCCUGCAGUGUCGGAAUCCUCGCAAAAAACUGAUCACGCCAUGUGCAUCUCCUUGGUCUUCACGCUUGACGGUCCUGAUGCAUAUCAGCUCUCUGUUAUCAUUAAAAGUUUGCAACAAGAAAAACCUAAAUCCCAUCAAAAUUCUCAAUCCCAUUUCACCACAAAUCGUAGAUCAAAGCGGGAUCUCAAUUCUCAUUUUAGGUCUGUUAAUUUCCCCACCCGCUACUACGAAAAAGAGUUCCAAGACGACGUAGAAAGAAAAGAGGAAGAGAUUCUCGUUUACGAUUCUUACGAUGCAAAGGGCGACUAUGAUUCGAGAGUCUUUGACCAUAAUUCCAAAGCUGAUCAUUUUCUUCCGGAUCCAGUAAACUUGGUCACGAAUAACGUGAAUAUGGUCAUGAAUCGGACCUCUCCGUUCGCCAUAGAUUCAGCCAAAUUCGUGUACGACGCUCGGUCUCCAAGACACUUGACGGAGAAGAAAGUUUCAAGAAUGUCUCGGUUUAGGCGCCGGGCGUACAUGGAGAGAAGCCAUUACCAAACCUUUUCUGAAGGAGUGGAAGAGAGUGGAAGUACCGUGAUAUUGGUGCAAGGCCCACAUGGUGCUGGUGCUAUAAGAAGAGUUGCCAAUUUCACCGCCGAGGGAUCGUUUGAGGUCUUUAUCCAGUACGAGAGGGGCUACGGUCCACUUUAUUUGGUCCAAAUUCACCAAGUGGACAUAAAAGACGGACCGUGUGGUCAGGACCUCGAUCAUCACCAAGACUUUAACUGCGAUUUCGCAGCAACCAGUCACCCCAUCACCCCUGGAAGUUCAUCCCACACAACUGGGCAACAAAUGGGACCAGAAAUAGGCAGUCAAAAUUUGAGAAAAACCUUAGAAAAUGGACGAGAAGUUGAGGAUGUGGCUGACACGCAAGGCAACAUUGGUAGUCGAGAUAAAAUUCAAGGGAGAACCAAAAGCAAAGCAAGGGAGGAAAAUAUCGAUGAAAAUUUUGAAGAUCAUGGAAAAUUCGAGCAAGAAUCAAUGUGUGGUUGGACUAACACAUUAGUUGAUCAGUUCAACUGGUUUUUGACAGAAAAAGGUAUGAUUGCCACAUCGCCCCUAACCGAAGGCUCUCAAGCGCGGCGCAAGAAUACGCAAGUUGAACGAAACUCUGAUUUGAUUUCUCCUCCGUUGAACACUUCAAGAAUUUUCGGAAUUCAUUCCUGGGAUUCACUUUUCAAAUCGGACAUGGAAACUCAUAAAUCAUUUAAUGCCACGAAAGAACGGAGCAAAACUCCAGAAUUUGCUGAUCGCGAAUCGCAUUUCCUGAAUCAGAAUGUUGAUUCAUUCAAUUCCUCAUUAAGUGCCAAAGAAUUGUGCAUGUUUUUCACCUACGAGAUCCUGUCUCCUUCAGCAGACCUGCAAGUUUUGAUAAGGAGCCCGAAUGGAAUAAAUGCUCCAGGAAAUAAUCGAGCAAAAGCUGCAUAUCCUUUUGACUUCACUUCAAAAUUGGACAUGUAUGAGAACUCGCCAGGUGUGAGUACAUUUUCUUUGUUUUCUGAAGAGGAAGCCAUAAAUGAACUGCCGUUGAGCGAUGGACUUAAAGCCAACAGAAAUUCAGAGCCUGUGGUCAACCGCGAAGAGUUUCUGCUGUGGUCGCACGGAAGAGUCAUUUCCCCUAAGCCUCUGAAUGCUUUCCUUUCUUUACCCUCGUCGCUGGUGAGCGAUUAUUCCCAGAUAAUUUUCCGCGCCCGUGAUUUCACUGGGGAGCACUCGACACCGAACUCGAACUCUCGUCAACAUUCGCCUUCAAAUGAUGGCGGAGAAACAUUGUUCACUCGCAUUCAGAGUAAUGAAGGAAUUAUCGUUAAGAAUGUCCGACUCGCCGUACGCACGCAGUGUGUGGCUCAAGUACCCCAUGUCAGUACAAAUGAUGACGCAGCAAAAAGCUUAAGAAUAAAUAUGCAUGAAGAAGACCAAGAUCAUUCACUGAGGAACCACUUAUUUGGAACAGAAGAAGAUGGAAAAUACCCGAGUUUAUCACGUGAAAUGUAUGGGUCGGCAAGAGAAUUAAGUGGCAUCCAGGAUUUAUCGUUUGGAAGCGCGUUGAAAGAAGACAACCCUCGCGCAACUCCGAGCUUGGGUACCGACAGAUUUUUUGAAGAAGAUCCAAAUGGAAGUGUGGUGGAUUGCAAUUUCGAUGAUGGAUUCUGCAAUUGGAGGUUGCAUCACUCCGGCAAUGUUGUAUGGGCUAUACUUGGUCGAGGUGAUGGGUCUCAGAAGUACCAUGCUGGUGUGGUAACCCUGCCUGGUAUCGCUGGUGCCGCGGACCUUGUAAGCGCCGUACUGCCCCCUGGACCAGCCAGGGUACUGAGUUUCAGGUACCUGCUGGCUGACACCGACCAGUGCCUCGAGGUCGCCGUAGUUGCUGACAUCGGAGGGAACGUCAGCGCAGAGUCCCAGCCAAAACAAGACACAGGAAAUUCAGGACCAGCGCUGCAGGAGGCGCUGCAGGUGCUGUGGCAGCAGUGCAGGAGCAAGGGCUCCUCCUGGCUGACAGAGUGCGUGCAGGUGCCUGCAACACGCACACGCAUGCAGGUGCGUGGCAGGAGUGCAGCAGAGUUAUCGGCCAAAAUCCGCAAGAAGAACGCAGCGUACGAGUGUCCGGACAACGGUUUCUUGUGCCGCUCUGACGUGCGGUGCAGCGCCGACAUCUGCCCUGAGGCGGCCGUGGCGGGGGCGUGUCUUGCGCGGCCGCUGCUCUGUAACGGCGUCGCCGACUGCGCUGCCGGCGAAGACGAGGCCUUCUGUGCUGAUCUGCACAGGACGGCCAGCUCUUCCCAGACUAUGUCUACAAAACUCCAAGAUGGCGCCUCAUUUUCCAACAUCAAGAACCCUUCAGACCUGAGGUCUGGUAACGGCUUUGUGGUACCGAGGCGAGACCACCUCGACGGCAGAACGCAUCCCCAUGCUAAAACAAACACCGAUAAAAUCAACUCUGUUCAAAAAAAUUAUGAAAGAAAUGGAAUAUUAUCGAACGCAGACGAGGAUGGCUCGGCGACGUUCAGAUGCGGCGACGGGCUCGUCGUCCCCGCCACUUGGCUCUGCGACGGCAGGAAAGAUUGUCCCAGCGAUGGACUGGACGAGACGGGUUGCCUGCACUGCCAUGAGAAUGAAUUCGUGUGCCCUGUGAGUGGGGUGUGCGUGCCUCAAUCUGGGGUGUGUGACGGGGUGAUGACAGUGCCUGACUGCACAGAUGAAACCCACUGCUUCGCCUGCCCACCCGGGACAUACGUGUGUGACAAGUGCAUCCAGAGCUGGCAAAUCUGCGACGGAAACUUCGACUGUUUAAAUGGCGAAGACGAGCGCAAGUGUGGAGACAUAAAUUACUCCCCGUCAGCCGGCCAAAAUCACGUGCCAUUGCAUUCCGCCAAUAACGGAGUGUUAUUCCCUGGUGAACAAGAUCAGAAUAUUGCUCAAGCCUCAUCAGCAAAUCAAAACUCUCGGUUGGUUCUUCCAUCUGAUCCCCGAGAAUCUUCAUCCGGCUAUUCCAGUGAUGAGAAUUUAAGCCAUUCUGACCACAAGCGACCUCCUUCACCACCGCUCGACAAAGCCGUUGUUGACGGGAGCGUCAAGCGCCCAGGAAAUGAGAGCGCACCCCCAACUCAACUCCUGAGCGACCAAGACAGUCGGCAGCAUCCUGAGGACCCCUUUGCUGGGGUGCUUGGGCAGCAUGGGAGGAAGUCUCCUACCUUACUGCGUCAGAGUCCUUCGCAGCCUUCUGGUUACUACCAGCCUCCACCAGGUAGUCAACGAGUACCAUCCUCCUAUCCAUCGCCAAACAAUCCAUCACUAAACCCGUCAUUGAAUCCACUGCUUAAUCCAUCUCUGAACCCAUCAUUCGACUCGUCUCUGAAUUCACUUCAGAACCCAGCUCAAAACCCUUCCACGAACACUUCUCAGAAACCAUCUCAAAACCCAUCUUUAAGCCCGUCUCUGAACCCAUCUUAUAACGAUUCUUUGAACUCACUAUCCUCCCUUCAUUACCGCCCCAAAAUUCCAAAUGUUUUCAGCGCCACGAACCUCGAUUCCACAAAUUAUAAUGAGAACAUCUUCGUUCCGAGCGACCUCGACCCCGAAGACCCAAAUAACCCUAACCAUCAUUCCUACCCGGAUGUUUACGCUCCCCAAAACCAAAAGAAUUCCAUCCUAAAUCACGACCAGUAUUCAUACGAUCCUAAAAACCUCGCUUUGAAUCGGUACGAGCCGCCGAAUUCAGUCAAAAAUCCGAUGAAUUUCGUAUCGGACGACGACUGUCGUCCCGACGAAUAUUCGUGCGCGAUGACGAGGUCGUGCAUCGUGGCGAGCGCCGUCUGCGACCGCGAGGAAGACUGUCUGCUGGGCGACGAUGAGCACGACUGUCCCGACGACAACCUGCAGGGAACAUCAGGCCAUCGCACGUCUGGGUUCAUCUUCGCUGAUUCUCUCUUCGGUGAAAGCGGCGAUUUUGCGGAUUUGGCUGUGCAAGAAAGUGCAGAUGAAGUGAACAUCAUGUCCAUUAAAUUAACCCUUCACGUAAUCUUCUUCAGGUUCUACAAGUUCCUGUUCGGGGCUCACGUCAACCGCUUGUCAGUGCUGCUGCGCCAGACAGUCGCAGGUCACGGGGUGCACGAGACUGUACUCUACAGUACAGUCGGAUCCAAAGGACUGUCGUGGUUGUCCUCAAGGAUCUCCAUCGAUCCUGAACAUUUAGUUGAUCCUAGCGCACCUUUCGUUAUCGUGGUCCGCGCCACCCGCGGGGCAGGCAGCGAGGGGGACAUCGCACUGGACAGCCUAUCCUUCACCCCCGGAGGAUGUCAUCCCACCGAAUAUUACAGCGUAAACUCCUCCUUCCCCUCCAAAUCCCCGGGUCCAGGUCCGGCCCGGGCUACAGGUGAUCAAAGAAGGAACAAUCUGCAGGAGUUCCCCCUGGAACAGUUCGUGUUCGACGUGUUCUUGAAGCCGCUGUUCCACGAGGGCUCCCGCGCCCUCAAGUCGGGGGCGGCAACCGUACCUCUGCCCAUGCCUACGCCUGAGGUUCAGCUCAUCACCAUCACCUCACUAUCACCCCCUCAUCACCUCACCAUCGCCCCUUCAUCACCUCGCCCCCCGCAAGCUGCAGACGCGCACAACACGUCGCAGGCCGCCGCAGACGCGCACAACGCGUCGCAGGAGGGCGGCGACGCGUGCGCGUGGCUCACCGCGUGCAGCGACUAUAUAGCCUAA